GGAGCUCUUGUGAUAACCCUGUGUGAUGUGCCAGAUUGGUGCUUUCCUCAGUCAUGAAUUUCCAUCAGCCACCGAGGUGAGCAUUAUGUUCCCCCAGGGAGAUGCCCAGUGAUGGCAGAACACAGCCUGGACUCUGCUGUCACUGCAGAGCAGAGGUGAUUCAUGAGUCUGGGGAGCUGAAGGCUCUAGAGAUGUCUAAAAUGCAUCUCAAACUCUGCAAUGGAAAAAAGAAGAAAUGGAAAAAGCUUGAGCUUUGUUGUCUGUUUUAAUGGGAGUGGCAAGAAACAGCUAGAAAAUGUCUCCUGCUCACUGUGUUUGAAAGAUGCCAUAAAAGCAUCCUAAAACUCAGUGCUGUUGUUAAAAGGUUGACCUUCAAGCCUCGAGGAAGUGUUGCCUGUCAACAGGACCUCUUGGAGCAAACAGUAGCUUGUCUCCUGCGGGGAGACACAGAGCUCUGUGCUGCUGCCAGAUGCCUUUGUAGUGCCUGGCUGCAGUGUUUUGAUCUUUCCUGGCAGCUUGUGUGGCCACUUUGUUCACUGGCAGCUGGUGCUCUGCAAGGGCAGCCAGCAUAUCUGCAUUCUCUCUGCAGCUGCUGCACAAAGCAGAGCUGCUUGCAUCUCCUGCGAUCUGCGUUGGAAACCACUUUUUUGGGGGCUUCCUGCUGUUUGGGCUGUCCAACACUCUGUUUUGCCUGCAGAUCUCAGAUCAGAUUAGGCUGUGUGAUGCGGCAGUGGGUACUGAAAGCUUCUGUGCUGCCCUGGUUUUUGCUUAUGGAUGCAGUUUCUGGUGCGGCUGUGCCAGACGUUGCUUUGCAGCCACAGCCACACUGACAGCUCCUUGCCCAUGAUGAUUGUGGUCAUUCUCUGUCACAUCAGAAGGCACCCAGGCAGAGGAGGCUCUCCCAAGCACUGCUGGCCGUCAACCAUGCAGUGUGCUCAAGGGUCACUGUGUCUGCUCACUGGGCUUCAGCCUUGGUAGCUGAGUGCCCCUGGGCUGCUCCAUGCUCACAGGCUGUACCAGCACUGCUCUGCCAACUCCACAGUCAAAAUCUCUCCUUAUUCCAUGGAGGUGUUCAUGUCCAGAGCACAGCUCUGUUCCCUACUGCCUGGGACACUCCCUCUGGAAGAUGCUCCACUGACUCCAAUCAGCCAGAAAGUGGCACAGCUGUCCAAGAGAGCUGACACUGAUUUCCUAGUGAUUCUUGAAGCAAGUUGCUGGUUGGACACUCUCUAUGGAGGCAUGAGGUGGGCUUCAGUCUCUGCAGGUAGAAAAGGAAUCAGUUUUAUAUCCUUUCUUCUGCAGAAGAGCACAAAAUACUUUGAAGUUUUAAGGGACACACGUAACUCCUGCUCCUUGGUAUUGCCUUGUCCCCUAGUCCCCAUCUAUCUGCUCUCUGCAUGAGCUCCUUCAUCCCUUGUGGUAUGGUCAUGCUAGAGCUCUUUCACAUCAUGAGCUCGCGCCUCGGUCACUCCAGUGCCCACCAGCCCUUCCCACUUCACUAAUACCAGUGGGACUUGUGUCCACAUGUCCCCUCAUCAGCCCUUCGCACCUCAUGUCCCUGUGAGCUCCCACCAGCCUUUCCCACCUUACUGGUACCAACAGGGCUCCAGGCUCCAGCUGUGAUGCCAUCCCCUUCUCAUUCCGCUGCUGCCAUGGCCACCAAGCAGAAGGCCCAGCAGGAGGGGAGCGCUGGGGCAAGGGGUAGAAAUGUUGAGGUUGCCCUCCCUCUUGAGUGAGUGACUAACGAGGCUGCUGCCCAUCCUCCCAGGGGCCACAGCAGGGCCUUGGGGCACUGUGCUUAGGCUAGGGGGUGGGUGUUAGAAUUCCCUGCUACUGUGCCCUCACCCCACAUCUCCUCCAGCCCCGUGCCUCUCACAGGACCAUCAUGUUGGGCCUGCUCUCUGUUCCAGCUCUCAAUCAUGCUCAAACAGGGGGGGAUCUGGAGGUUCUAAGAAAGGAUGUAGAGUGGAAAGUGGCACAGAGGAUGAAGGAGAGAAGGGGGACCCCAGCCAAAGGCAAAAGAGAGGAAGUACAUUCUGCUGUCUCCCCAGGACUGCUGAUGUUGCUGGCAUCCUCUGCUGCGCCACCAGUGCCUCCCGUGGGCAGCCCCCUGUCCGAUAACGAGUACCAGCUCUUCUUCUCCAGCCUGUGGCCAAUCUGGAAGGCCCAUGCAUCCUGCCACCUACGUCAGACCUUUGGCUGCCUCAGCCCUGCAGUCCUGCGGCUGGAUGAGCAGGAGAACCAUGGCCAUGUCCCUGAAGGACCUGUCUGCUCUGCCUUCCCUGAGGCACCACGGUUUCAGACCUUCUGCCAGUUUGCCCAGUAUCGCUGCUCCAAGCGCAAAUUCUAUGUCAAGCGAAUCCCAUGUCCGAGUUUUUUUCCAAAAGGCCUUCUUCAUCCAGACCAGCAACCUUAUGAUGUGGACUUUUGGGCAAAAGAUGAAAGCUCUCCUACAGAAGCAGUACCAGAGAAGCCGCCUCUUUCUCCUGCUGACCUCCAUCUGCACUCCAACGUGGACAUGCUUCUGAAGUACUCCUAUGCACUUUCAAGUCAGAAACCACUGGUGCGGAAGAUCCCACCAGCCAUGCCAGUGGUGCCCAGAUCCCUGCAGGACAAGGGCCCACCUGUACCAUCAUCUGCCCUGCCAGUGCCACCCACCCCUGCCCCCUCGCAGUCCCAUGCCUGGGCAGAGAGCACUUGGGAGCACCGCCUGCAGCGUGGCGUCUGGCAGCUUAUCAGUGCAGCGCUCUCCCUGGAGACCGCGGCGGGCACAGAAGUCCCCGCCGUCACUUCAGAUCUGGGGAGUGUGACCACCGGUGCAAAGGAGAAGAUGCAAGACAUGGCCCCCCCUGGCAGUCUUCUUGCCCUGAAGAGGAAGGAAGCAGUGAUGAUCCUGUGCUAUGCAGUGUUGGAGGGAGUCUGUGUCUCCUCAGUUGUCACCCAGGCAUGGAAGGAGUUGGAAGAAAAGAUCCUUGGGUUCGGAGAUUCGGUGUGUGACAGCCUUGGGAGGCAGCAUAUGGACCUAUGCCCUGCCUGUGCUUUCUGCUCACUGAAAAUGGAGCAGUGCCAGAACAUCUACAACCUGAGGCGUGUUCACUGCAAGACAGGCAGCUUCAUCGCAUACAUCAACCCCCAGAUCUCAGCCCAGCACCGGGCUGCAGGCAACAAGACCAGCUUCCCAGAGCCCUCGGAGUAUUUUGGCGCACAGGUUUCUGGAGGCCUGCGACCAGAAUACUGGUGCAGCCUGAUAGCCACCCGGGGCUGCGAUGAUCCUCGUGUGAUGCUCUGGCUGCAGGCAGAAUAUGCAACCUUCCAAGCGGGCGAUGUCCCAGGCAAGAUCUGUGACUCGGGUGGAGUUCAGCACCCCACUUACUGCGCCUUCAAAAGCCACCAGUGCUUGCAGCACAGCCUCUACAACCAGAGGGUGAUUCGCCAUGGCUGCUUCAAAAACCAGACCUACCAUGUUCUGAGUGAGGAAGAGGGAAAAGAGGAAGUAAUGCGCUGGCACCAGAGGUUCCUCAGCCUCACUGAGGGGUGAGGUGCAGUGGUGAGCAAUGUGUAACAGGUGCAUGGAAUUCUGGCAGUGCAGAGAACCCAAACAGCUCUUUCCAGGCUCCUUGCUGAUCAGUCAGCAAGUCCAUGGCCAAAUCUCAUCACUUGGGCACCUACUCUGCAUCCUUGACAGCAGCACAUCAGGAAAGGAGCUGCAUCCAACAGCAUUUCACCCUGCUGCCCACUGAAACUCCUCUUGAAAAGGUUUUCUCCAGAUGAAGGAGCCUGGGAAAGGUGUUGUCCCCAGUUUAUGGAUUUAGAGCCACCUGCAUGAAGUCCCCAGCAACCCUUAGCCUUCCUGACCCUGCAGAUUGACAUAAAUCAGUAGCAUUACCAAGGCUGAAUCGUAUUUUAUAAAGAGCCUAUAAACCUAAUUUGCUCCUUUCUCUCUGCUUCUGCCACUUUGUCACAUCCACAGCGACCUCUCUAGUUGGAGGUGGCUCUCCACCUGCUCCUGCAUGGCUCACUGGUGGCUCUCACUCACUGCAGCACACAUGCCAUGGGUGAUAAUAUUCUGAGAAUGAGGCCUCCAGCAUGGCAUCUCACCUUGCCAGCCCCAGCAGAGGCAAAGCCAGGUGUCCUGCAGGUCUUAAACAGUUUGUGAGGAAGGAGUUAAUGUAAACACUUUGCUUUCUUUGACAGCUGCUUUACUUCUAAGGUUUAAAGGUUUCUGGGGCCUGUGUCUUCCAACUCUGUAUUGAAAAUAAAUUUAAACCACAAAAAGUCCAACAAGGCUGAAGACCGAGUGC